UCGCCACCCCUGCAGUGUGAGGAUGCGUCUGCGGCUGAAGCUCCCGAACCCGGGUCUGGAUGAGCGGAUUCCCUCUCACGCCGAGCUGGAGAAGCUGGAGCUGGAGGAGGCUGGAGAACGCCCGCAGUGGGACAACAAGACCCAGUACAUGCUGACCUGUGUGGGCUUCUGUGUGGGGCUGGGCAACGUCUGGAGGUUCCCGUACCUGUGCCAGAGCCACGGAGGAGGAGCGUUCAUGAUCCCGUUCCUGAUCCUGCUGGUCCUGGAGGGAAUCCCGCUCCUGCAUCUGGAGUUCGCCAUCGGACAGAGGCUGCGGAAGGGCAGCGUCGGCGUCUGGAGAUCCAUCAACCCGUAUCUCACUGGAGUCGGCAUCGCCUCUAUGCUGGUGUCCUUCAUGGUGGGCAUGUACUACAACACCAUCAUCGCCUGGGUCAUGUGGUACUUCUUCAACUCGUUCCAGGACCCUCUCCCCUGGAGCCAGUGUCCCGUCAACGACAACCGCACAGGGUUCGUGUCGGAGUGCGCGCGCAGCUCUCCGGUGGAUUACUUCUGGUACCGGGAGACUCUGAACACGACGCCGGCGAUCGGGGAGUCUGGAGGCCUGCAGUGGUGGAUCGUGCUGUGCCUGUUCUGCGCCUGGACUCUGCUCUGGGUCUGCUGUCUGAGGGGCAUCGAGACCACCGGGAAGGCUGUGUACGUGACGUCUACGCUGCCGUACCUGGUGCUGACCAUCUUCCUCAUCAGAGGCCUGACCCUCAAAGGCUCUGUGAGCGGCAUCAAGUUCCUCUUCACUCCAGACCUGGACGAGCUGCUGAAUCCGGCGACGUGGCUGGACGCUGGAGCUCAGGUGUUUUACUCCUUCUCUCUGGCGUUCGGAGGACUCAUCUCCUUCUCCAGCUACAACUCUGUGCAUAAUAACUGCGAGCAGGACGCCGUCAUCAUCUCUGUGAUAAACGGCUUCACGUCGAUCUACGCCGCCAUCGUGAUUUACUCCAUCAUCGGCUUCAGGGCCACCGAGAGGUUCGACGACUGUCUCAACGGCAACAUCCUGGCACUGAUGAACACGUUUGAUCUGCCGGAGGGAAACAUCACAGAGAGCAACUAUGACAGCGUUCUUCAGCAUCUCAACAACACGACACCAGCCGUCAUUCAGGAGCUCCAGCUCAAGACCUGCGACAUCCAGACCUUCCUCAGUCAGGGCGUCGAGGGAACCGGCUUGGCCUUCAUCGUGUUCACCGAGGCCAUCACCAAGAUGCCCGUCUCUCCGAUCUGGUCCGUGCUGUUCUUCAUCAUGCUCUUCUGUCUGGGACUGUCCACCAUGUUCGGGAGUGUGGAAGGCGUCGUCGCGCCGCUCCAAGACCUCAACAUCCUCCCUAAGAAGUGGCCCAAAGAGGUUUACACAGGUCUGGUGUGUCUGGUGUCGUUCAGUCUUGCGAUCAUCUUCGCUCAGGGAUCUGGGGAUUACUGGCUGGCUCUGUUCGACAGCUUUGCGGGAUCGAUUCCUCUGCUGAUCAUCGCCUUCUGUGAGAUGAUGGCGGUGUCCUACCUCUAUGGGAUCGACAGGUUCAACAAAGACAUCGAGUUCAUGAUCGGACACAAGCCCAACUUCUUCUGGCAGGCCACCUGGAGGCUGAUCAGUCCGCUCAUCGUUCUGGUCAUAUUCCUGUUCUACUUGGUCACCACUGUGAGCAAAGAGCUGACCUACAUCGCCUGGGACCCGGAGUCGGACGACUUCCCUCUGUUGUCGACGCGCUCGUACCCGGACUGGAUCUACGCGAUCAUCUUCAUUCUGUCUGGCGCUCCGGCGCUGGUGAUCCCGGCCGUGGCGCUCUACAAACUCAUCCAGAACCGCUGCUGCGCCACACAGGACACACACAAACACACCGGCGAGCCGCUCUACUCCAUCUCUGACAAAAUACGAAUGCCCGACGAGACCGACAAUCACAGACGCUGAACACAACACACAAACACGAGGGAUCCAGACUGACCUUUGACCUCUGACCCCCACUGGAGUUUACACACGGGAUUUGCACUGCCGAGACUGAACCGUCUCAGUUUUCUGUGGUUUGGAUGUAUAUACGAAAAGUGGAGUUCACAUGUAUCUAUUUUAUUGUUUUGAGGACACACACAACAUUACUCUAGCAGCAAUGACUAGAAAACAGCCGUUUACCCAGAAGUCUUUGCUGUGGACGCUGAACACACGUCUGAAAGUCAGGAGCAAGUUUUUCCCAUCAUUUUUUCAUUCUAUAUAAGCUAAUUUUUGAUCUAAGAUCAAUUAUUGGGGGGAUUGUGUGCUUUAUCUCAUAUAAUUCUGUUGUUCAUGUCAGUGUACAGUGACUGUAAUAUAUAAUAUUUACAUGAAAUCCUUGUAAUCGUGUAUUAUCAGUAUUUUUAUGAUGUGCUCUUGUUGUUCUUAACAAUGCCAGUUUAAUAAUAAACCAGAUUUGAUCGUGAACAUUGAUUAGCAUUUAAAGUUGCAGUAAAGAUGAGAUAAGAAGCGUUCAACCAGAUCAUUAAAUAGAGUAAAGCCUGCAUUAGUUACAAUCCUUCAAAUAUAAUUCCGAUAUUAAUAUUUGGUCAAAAGAAUUCAAUUUCUUCACGCUAUUUUUGUGAUUCAAGCAGUAAGACCUCACUUCUCACCAAUGGCUUCUCCAUUUUUGUUAAAUUAAUAAUGACGAUGUGUGAUAUGUCAUGUGUUGUUAGUUUAUCUGAGGUUUUAUUUACAACGAUCAGGUGAUUUUACACAUAAAACCAUGGAAUUCAAUAGGGUUGUCCUGUCUUAUUCACACGACUGUAUAUAAUAAAUGAAGCUUAUUUUAUUUAAUCUA